AUGCAGCCUGACGAGCAGGCACCAGUCAUUACUUCCUACACCAACGAAGGAACUCAUGUGACUGUCGAGGUACAUCCUAGAAAUACCACCCCACAGCUGUUCAAGAAAUUCUCCCUUGGGAAAGGAGUCCGCAAGCUGCCCAGUCUGACAGGCCUGGAUAACAAAGGUUUUCAAGAGAACGGGAAGAGCAGAGUGCCCCUGCCUGGUGGAAAAGACCUGCAUGCAUAUCCAUGGGACAAAUCCGGUCUGAAAUCCAUGACAUUAGACCUGCAGCAAUUUGAGAAACUGGAUGCCUAUGCAUCAAAGGUGAGUGUCAAGAACAGCAUAGAGGAACUGGUGAAAGUCCUGCUCCGAGAAGCCCGGACUGAUCUGGAGAAAGUCAGAGCCAUUUGGAUGUGGAUAUGCCAUCACAUAGAAUACGAUGUUGCGGGCUUCCAUAACAAAGGCCAGCGGUCUUGUGAGCCAAAGGAUGUCCUUCGCACUGGGAAGAGUAUUUGUGCGGGAUACGCUGGGCUCUUUCAACAAAUGUGCAGUGUUGCAGGUGUACUGUGCAUGGAGUUAUCAGGAUACUCUAAAGGGUACAGUUACAGACGUGGACAAUCCUUUACAGGGGAUAGUGACCAUGCCUGGAAUGCAGUUUACCUUGAUGGAAGGUGGCAUCUGCUGGACAGCACCUGGGGAAGUGGCUCAGUCAAUGAUUCAUGCAGCAAGUUCACCUUUCAAUACAAGGAGUUUUAUUUCCUUACGCACCCGGCCCUAUUUAUUAAUAAUCAUUUCCCAGACAACAGCAACUGGCAGCUCCUGAAGCCAGCUCUGACACUGAAAGAGUUUGAGAGCAACAUGUUAUACAACAUUCAGUUUUACAACCUGGGAAUGCUGGCUGCACAUCCAGAAACGCCCAUCGUCCAAACAGUAAACGGAAAAGCAACUAUUUCUAUCGAGAGCCGUGCUCCACUAUUAUUUAUGUUUAAGCUGCAGGGAACUGAGGAACAUGGUUUAAUGACAUUAAAAAAGAAUGGGAUGAAACUGGAGAUCUAUCCCCAGAAGACUGGAAAUCACAAGCUACAGGUCUUUGCCAAGCCCUCCAAAGGCUCAGAGGAUCACUACAAUGAGGUGUUAGAAUACACCCUAGAGUGCAGCUCUGUGGACAAGAACAUGCGUUUCCCAAAGGACCUACGUCAGCCUGUUGGACCCAGCUGGUUCACGGAGCGGAAAGGAUUCCUGAGGCCAUCACAUCCUGACCCCAUCAUUCACACCAAUGACGGGCGGUGUUCCAUCACUUUCACUCUGGGUAAAGAUAUAAGUGUCCUUCCCUCACUGCAUUCGGAUAACACUAGCUUGACUGAGGAUAUGAGAAGAAGGCACAUCAUGGAAAUCCAUCGAGGAAACCAAAUUGAGUUUAAGAUCCAUCUUCCCCAUGCAGGAAAGUUUGUUCUUAGAAUCUUUGCCAAGAAGCAGUCAGACCCAGGCAAUUACAAUUACAUCUUCAACUACCUCAUCUCCUGCCCAAACACCGAAGUGAAGUGGCCAGUUUUUCCAGAGAAUUAUAGAAACUGGGCAGAAAGCUAUGAACUACUGGAGCCACUUGCUGGGCUGCUGCCAGCCAAUCGCAAUGUUCAGUUUAAGCUCAAGCUGCAUAGUAUAGCAAAGGCAUUUGUUCAGGGUAAAGACACUUCUUCUCUGACCCUGAGUAAAGAUGGUUACUGGGAAGGAACAUGUAAUACUUCUGGCUGCACAGAGGUGCGUGUCAUGGUGCAAGAGAAUGCCAAUCUCAAGUUCUCAUACAUCCUGAAAUACGAAGUAGAGACCCAGUAA